GGUUCUGGAGAGUUCCAUUCUAGGUAUGUUGUAGAAAGAAAGACAGAGAGGAGAAACUAAAUAAAAACCCCUUCUUUUAUCAUCACUGAGUUUCUACCUAUCAAACCCUAGUCUUCCCCUUGUUUGCGCGUCUUAUAAACGUGCUUUAGAAUCCAUUAGUGUUACUUAUAGUACCUUAGGAACCUGUUUGUUUUAUUGAGUUUCAAGUUCCUUGUUUUGUCUAAACUUGAGAAGUGAGGUAUGGCUUUGAACAAUAGCGAGAAAGGCAACGAUAAUUUUUAUUCUCUUCUGGGUCUGAAGAAAGAAUGUACGACCACGGAGCUCCGUACUGCAUAUAAGAAGCUCGCUCUUAGAUGGCAUCCAGAUCGUUGUUCAUCAAUGGGGAACUUGGAGUUUAUAGAUGAAUCAAAGAAGAAGUUUCAGGGCAUCCAAGAGGCCUACUCUGUUCUGUCUGACUCCAACAAGAGGUUCCUUUAUGACGUUGGAGCUUAUAAUACUGAUGAUGAUUCUGACCAAAACGGAAUGGGAGAUUUCUUGAGCGAAAUGGCGGUAAUGAUGAAUCAGUCAAAGCCUGGUGAGAAUCAUUCAGGAGACAGUUUCGAACAUUUACAAGAUCUGUUUCAUGAGAUGCUUCAAGGAGAAGCAUUCGCCUCGCCAUCGCCAUCGCCAUCAUCUUGCUAUGCUUCGACUUUCACUUCCUCUUGUAGCUUUGUCUUUGACUCAAAUGCUCAGCAGUCACCGUUUAAGACAACAAGUUCGAUGGGGAUUAAUGAUCCUUUCGCAUUCGACUCCAGACCUCACACCUUCUCUUUAGGGGUGGAACAUCAGCAGGACUUCAAGAAGGGGAAGAACAAUGGUGGGAGAAGAAGCAGACGGAAGAACAAUGCUCAAUCUGCUUCUCACCAAACGUCGUCGUCCAACAACUAUGGAGUUCCCACUUCAUAGCCUCUCCAGUCCCAUAUUUUUGCUAGCUCACCUCCACAUUUGUCGACUAGUCAGUCACACAUAAGAGGACUAGUUCUUGUCCAACAAAAGCGUUGCCGUUUUGUAAACUACCCUCCUCUUUAGUUCUCUCUCUUACAUUGUGAUUGCAUUGUUGUCAAGUAAGCAAGAAGAGUCGUUAAGACCAUUGAGAUGGCAUGAAGUCAACGGCUUUAUGAAGACGAA